AUGCUAUGCCCCAUUCUGUGGAGAUUUGCUGAGGUCCUGGACCGGGAGACUGGCAAAGUGUUCGAAGAAGUCAUACCCGGCCCAGUGUGGUCAAUCUUGAAGGGAUUGUACGCCACAUCAGCAUGUGGUGUGGUUGCUGCGCACCCAUUCAGAUGUUGUUUGCGAAGGAUAACGCAGCAUGCAGGGCGGAAAAUGCGCUCGCCAUCCAGCAAGAAGGACAUUCAGAAGUUUGUUGAUGUAUACCGAAUAGAUUUGGACGAGGUGCUACUGCCUCUAGAGAAGUUCGUGAGCAUGAAUGAUUUUUUUUACACGCGAGCUGAAGCCUCUGGCUCGCCCGAUCCACAGUCCUCAGGAUGCUGGAGUUUUUGUCAGCUGCGCAGACUGCAGGGUAAUUAUUUUCCAAACCCUAGAGGAAGCGACCAGAAUAUGGAUCAAGGGCUUGAAGUUUUCCCUUGCGGAGCUGCUCGGAGAUGCCGCAGCAAAGCCCUUCCUGCAAAAGCCAGGUUGUUGCUCUGUCGCCGUGUGCCGCCUGGCGCCACAGGACUACCAUCGCUUCCACUUUCCGUGCGGCCCAGGGGAGGUGAUAGACCAAAAUUUCCUGGCCGGCGAGUACUAUUCAGUCAACCCCUUAGCCGUCAACAAUCCCAAUAUCGACGUCCUUACCGAGAACUGCAGAUCA